AUGAAUAACAAAAAAAAGCCCCCAGCCCAGAAGGCAAAGAUUGUGGAGACCACUAGCACAGCCAAGACAAAGAAACCGGAGGCUCCGGAGCCCAAGCAUGUUACAGAGCCAAAACCUAGUAAGCCUGUGGAGGACCCGAAGAAGCCUGUGACAGAUCAGAAAGAGAAGAAAAUGGUGACCAUCCUUGCAGACCCAAAAGACAAAAAGAAUGCGACGGAGCCAAAAGAAAAGAAGACUGUGACGAUUUCAGAUCCCAAAGACAAGAAACCUGUGAUAGAGAAAGACAAGAGAACGGUGACAUUUGUGACAGAUGUGAAAGACAAGAGGAUUGUGACUGAUACAAGAGAAAACAGGAUUGCAUCUAUAGACACAAAAGAAAAGCUUUUGCCUGAAGUAAAAGAGAAGAGAGUGCAACUGUUAGACCCAAAAGAGAAGGUGAUUGUUUCCCCAACUACUGCGCCACUUUCUCAGGCCGCUCCGGCUGCACAUGUUACACCAGCUGCACAUGUUGCGCAUGCUCCACCAGCUGCACAUGCUCCGCCUGUUGCGCAUGCUCCACCUGUUGCGCAUGCUCCGCCUGUUGUGCAUGCUCCGCCUAUUGCGCCAGUUUUGCAUGUUGUGCCAGUUGCACCUGCUGCACCAGUUGCACCUGCUGCGCCAGCUGUGCCUCCUGCGCCAGUUGCGCCUGCUACUCCAGCUGCACCUGCUGCGCCAGCUGCACCUGCUGCUCCAGCUGCUCCAGCUGCGCCACCUGCACCAGCCGCACCAGCUGCGCCAGCUGCGCCACCCGUGCCACCUGCGCCAGCUGCGCCACCCGCACCAGCCGCACCAGCUGCACCAGCUGCGCCAGCCACGCCAGCUGCACCAGCCGCACCAGCCGCACCAGUUGUGCCAGCAGUAAAACAGAAGAUCCUGGUGUCAGAGGGGAAGGGGAAGAAGGAAGUGCCACCACGUGUGACCCAGUUAAAGGAAAUCAAGGCACUGGCACUCACAGCAGAGAGAAAAGAAAAGAAGGCGUCUGAGCUCAAAGAGAAGGCGCGCGUGACAGAUGUAAAAGAGAAGAAAGUUGUGCCAGAGGUAAAAGAGAAAAAGCCUGUAGUUAUCGAGAAGAAAGACGACGGGACAAGUGAAGUAGCUCAGACUGUAGUUGAGGGCGUCCUGGCUGCUGCUGUUCAGUUUGUGGAAGAAGCCAGAAACCCCAUCAAGAACAUCAAGUGGCUCACUCACGGGGAAUUCACGAUAGAAAAGGGUCGAAAACAAAUUGAAAAGUUUGUUUCAACAUGGGAGUUUCAAAACCGCUGGGUGUACUAUGCUGAUUUUAUAGAGAAGAAAGACUUAAUUCACUCCUUCCACUAUAUCUACCGGGUGCGCUGGAGUGCCCCCACUGCUGUGCGACCCAUGGCACGAGUCAGCGCCAACGCCUACUUCACCAUCAAGUUCAACAAGAGCAAGCCUGCGGAUAUGCCUGUUGACGUCUCUUACAUCUUUGAGAAUUCAGCACUACUUCAAAGACCAGGGAAGAUUCGAUUCCGAGAACAGUGGCUGCGGGACAUUACUGAGACCAAGAAUAUUUUGUUGGACUCCAUCCCCUUUAAAGUUGUCUGA